AUGGCAGAGGCUGCACCACUUCCUCUUAAAAAAGGGCAAACAGAGGCUGCACCGCUUCCUCUUAAAACAAGUCAGGCAGAGGCUGCACAGCUCCCUCUUAAAACAAGUCGAGCCGAGGUUUUGCGGCUUCCUCGUAAAAAAAUGGCUGAAAACAAAAAUUCUGACAAAUAUUCUGACAAAAAUUCUGACAAAAACUCUGCUUCAAGCUCUGCUUCAAACUCUGUCAAAAACCCAGUCAAAAACCCAUCAAAAACCCAGUUACCUCCACAGAACUCUGAACAAAACUUUAAAAUGUACAGAACUUUACAUGAAAAUGCUUUGAAUACUUUACCUGCAUGUGUUGAAUUUCUACAGAAACCAUUACUGAAAGGUUCCUUUCAUCAAGGUGAUGCCCGCUUUGGAAAUUCACGUGGCAGACAGUGUGGUGCCAUCAGUCUGAUAGCAGUGUUGAUGAGCAAGAUGAAGAACGUGUUGACCUGGACAACACAAGAUCUCAAUGGUGUAUUGGUUGCAGGAACACGCCUUUAUGAAUCUUUACGAAACCAGGGUAACAUAAAUGACCGGGAAGUCAUGGGUAGGCAUUACAUUGCUGUCCAUGAAUUACCAAGGAGACAUGUGCUGGGUAAUACUGUCUUUUCCAUAGAAUAUGCAGAGUCUCUCACUGGAUUUGUUAAUGUUGAUGACUAUGAUGAAUCCUUAAGGAAUGUGGCCAUGCCAGUUGAUGUAGCUCUUCAGCGAGCUCUAUUGAGUGCUGAUGCUUUCCUUUUAUGUAUUUGUGCCAACACAUGUGCAGUUAUUAAGGAGGGCUCAUGGUAUGCCUUUGUUGAUUCUCAUGCUAACAUGACCGAGACAAGUUGUGUUGCUUAUCACAGCACCAUAGAAUCUUUGUAUAACUACAUUAAUGAGAUGGCACAGUCAUUUGGGGUAAUUGCGCCACGAUUUGAGAUAACUGGAGUUUUUGCCCAUGCAGAUGCUGAAGUUUCUCACUUGCUGGAGGCAGACCGCAGCAGUUUUCCAGGAUCUUCUGGUAAAGCACUUUACAGUGAAGUUCUAAAACGCAAACCUAAGGUAUGUAAAUCUGUGAUGACUGAGGUAAGGUCAUCUGUCUUUCAAUCACCUGAGGCUGAAGUUCAAAAUACAUGCACUGAUGUUCCCGUGCCACAACCAGUGUGUAAUGUUUUGCCGAGUAAAGGAAAAAGGGGGAGAAGUAAAAAUCAGGAUGAACUAUCAGAGAAAUGGGUUACGAAGUCCCACUCGCUGGAGGCAGACCACAGCAGUUGUCCAUGGUCCUCUGGUAAAGCACUUUACAGCGAAGUCUUAAAACGCACACCCAAGGUAUGCAAAUUUGUGACCACUGAGGUAAGAUCAUCUGACUGUCAAUUACCUAAGGUUGAAGUUCAAAAUACAAGCAGCACAAACCUUUCAAUGUCGCAACCAGUGUGUAAUGUGUUGCCAAGUAAAGGAAAAAGGGGGAGAAGAAAAAAGCAAGAUGAGCAGGUCUCUGAGAAACGGGUUAAAAAAUCUCAUGUUGAAAAUGUUGUAGUAGAAGACAUAAUUAUUACUGAUGUUUCAAUUCCAGAAGUAUUUUUUUCUCCAUUGACUCAUAGAGAUCAGCAAGCUUUAUGUGAACUCUUGCUUCUGACAAAUGAUAACAGUGACUGUGAUGUUACAACAAACUUUGGUCCCAUUGCAGGUCCGUGUCAGACAAAGAGUAUCAAACCAGAUGGUAACUGCUUUUUCAGAUCACUGGCAUAUGCAAUUUGUGGAAGUGAGGACAAGCAUUUGAAGAUUCGCCGUGCAGUUGUCAAACACCUGAAAAUGAACGCUUCAGAAUUUGAGAGGUAUGUGAGAAGUGAGUAUACUUCAGUAGAGGACUACUUGAGACAAUCUAGAGUCUAUUAUUCUGGGUCAUGGGUCACUGAAAUUGACAUAUUUGCUUCUGCUGAUCUAUUUAAAACAACCAUAAUGACUUUUAAUGAUGGCCAGUGGAAUGCACACAAACCUACUGGAGAGGUAAUUGCAAACAAUGCAAUAUAUUUGAAAAACUGUAAUGGUAAUCAUUAUGAAGUUGUGACAUGUGUCAAGCACAGAGGUCAAGACAUUUGCGCAGGAAAGUGUGGGAAUGCUAUUUCAAAUGAGGUGAGAAUGCCAUGUCUGCGUAAAAGGAAGGUAAGCGACGCUGCAGAAUGUGACCAAGAGACCAAGAGACAGAAAAAAUGGAAGUAUGAGAAGUCCAAGUAUGAUAAUGACAUUGAUUUCAGACAGAAUAAAAUUGACUAUGCCAAAACAAAAUACUGUGAUGACAUUGAUUACAGGGAGAAUAAAAUUGACUAUGCCAAAACAAAAUAUUGUGAUGACACUGAUUACAGGGAGAAUAAAAUUGACUAUGCCAAAACAAAAUAUUGUGAUGACACUGAUUACAGGGAGAAUAAAAUUGACUAUGCCAAAACAAAAUAUUGUGAUGACACUGAUUACAGGGAGAAUAAAAUUGACUAUGCCAAAACAAAAUACUCUAGUGAUAAAGAUUAUAGACAGAAAAAAAUGAAAGUUCUUCGUGAUAAAUAUUUAAAAGAUUGUCAUGUUUGUUUGUUUAAGCGUGAACGUUCUAAGGCCAAGUAUUCAAGCAAUAUUCAGUUUCAGAAGCGUGUUUGCCAGUAUUCUCGAAUGAAAUAUAAAAAUAAUGUCUCAUUUCAGGCAACUGUACGCGAGUAUUCCAAGAAGAAAUAUCUUCAAAACCUGGACUUUAACGCAAGAGUACGUGAGUAUUCCAAGAAGAAAUAUCUUCAAAACCUGGACUUUAACGCAAGAGUACGUAAGUAUUCCAAGAAGAAAUAUCUUCAAAACCUGGACUUUAAAGUAAGAGUGCGUGAGUAUUCUAAGACAAAAUAUCACAAAGAUGUAAACUUUCAUUUCAGUAAAAUACAAAAAGGCUGUGAGGUAUAUGCAAAAAAAAGGGAAAAACAGAAAGACAUUGGUGUUGCCAUUGCUGGUUUUCGUCAAGAAGUGAGUAGAGGUCCAGAGUUUGUGUGCUGUGUUUGUCACCGUUUACUUUUCAGAAAGCAGGUUACUGAAUGCAAACCAGAAUGCUAUGAAGACAAAGGAGACAAAAUUGCUGCUUUGGCAAGAAGAUGCAUCACCCUGAGGUAUGUGCAUGUUUGUGAUGAAAAAUGUCAUAAUACUUCUGGUUUUUCUCCAAGGUGCAAAUUGUGGAUUUGUCCAACCUGUCAUCGAAAAAUCAUCAGUGGAAAACUGCCUGAAGAGAGUGUUGCUAACAAUAUGCAUUUGGUGGACAUUCCAAAUCAACUAAAGUGUCUUAACUCUUUGGAACAACAUCUUGUGGCACGUAAUAUUCCUUUUUUGAAAUUACUCUGUCUUCCCCGUGGAAAACAAAAUGGCUGCCAUGGACCGGUGGUGUGUGUUCCUGUAAAUACUGCAGAUGUGUCAAAUAUUCUUCCACGAAAUGAAUGUGAUGACAAGAUGAUAAGGAUAAAACUGAAGCGCAAGUUAACCUACAAAGGGCAUUAUGAGUACAAGCAUGUUCACACUGAUCGUGUUAGAAAUGCUCUGCGACGUUUGAUCAGGUGCAAUAAAUGGUACAAGGAUGUGGAGAUUAAUGAACAAUGGAUCAACUCUUUGAAUGAACCAGAAGAGAAUGUUGCUGAAGAAAUGGAGGAACAAGCUGAAGUUGAAAAGAGUGAAGAGGAAAAUGAUACUGAAGAACAGCCAGAGGAAGACUUGACUUACAUCAAAGAGCAGAGUGGUCUUUUGUCAGACACAUGUUUACAACCUGUCGAUCUUGGUUCAGAAGUAAUUGAUCAGCACUUUCAAGAUGUAUUAAAUGUGGCACCAGCUGAAGGUAACAGUCCUGUUAAAUUACUGUCUGAUAAAAGCAAUGAAGCAAAAUGUUUUCCUGUUCUCUUUCCAACUGGUGGUCCAACAUUCCAUGAUGAGAGAGAAAGAAAGAUCACACUGUCACGAUACUUGAAUGCAAGAAUCCUCAACGCAGAUGGACGUUUUGCACGGAGUACAGACUUUAUUUUCUAUGCACAAUACAUGUCGGAGUUGGAUCAAAUUGUAUCUAAUGUUUCUAUUGCUUUGCGAAAAGGGUCGGACAAGAGGUUGUUGCAAGGAGUAACCUCAGAUAUGCUGACAAACCCAGAGUCGUUAGCUAAAAUAUUGAAUUAUGAUGAAGGAUACAAAUUUUUGAGACCAGUCCGUGGAACGCCACCCUAUUGGCAAUCGACUCAAAAAGACCUUUUUGCUCUCAUAAGACAACUAGGUAUUCCAACUUUCUUUGCAUCCUUUAGCUCUGCUGAUCUCAGAUGGCCUGAAAUGAUCAACACCAUCCUGGAGCAAGAACAGAAAAAUGUCAGUGUUGAUGAGCUUGACUGGUCUGAGAAAUGUGGACUAAUUCGACGAAACCCAGUCACUGCUGCAAGGAUGUUUGAUUAUAGAUGGCAUUGUUUUUUGAAGGAUGUCAUUAUGUCACCUGCUCAACCUAUUGGAAAGAUCAAAGACUACUUCUAUCGUGUAGAGUUUCAACAGCGUGGAUCUCCUCAUGUUCAUUGUCUGUUUUGGGUUGAAAAUGCUCCAAAGUUAAAUGAAGACAACGAAGACAGUGAUGCUUUGGUUGCUGCUUUCAUAGAUCAUUAUAUCACUUGUGAGACACCAGGAGAUGAUGACGCAGAACUUUAUGAGACUGUGAACAGUGUUCAAAAGCACAGCAGAAGACAUUCCAAGACAUGCCGGAAGAAAAACACAGUGUGUAGAUUUAAUUUUCCACGGCCUCCAUCUAGCCGCACCUUUAUAACAAGAGCUGUACGAGAUGACUUGAAAGGCAAUGAUGGAAAUGAGACUGCAAGUGCAAUUCUGAAGAAAAUCAAAACUGCGUUAACAGAAUCUGAAGUCAAUUUUGAUUCAACAGAUGCCUUUUUCCAAUCCAUUGGAAUUAAUCAAGCUGUGUUUGAGAAGGCGUACAAGAAAUGUUCUAAAAAGAAAAGUGUCGUCUUGAAACGAAGUCCAAAAGAUGUUUGGGUAAAUCAAUAUAACCCUCAUUUAUUGCGUGCAUGGCAAGGCAACAUGGAUAUCCAGUAUGUCACAGAUGCUUACUCUGUAGUGGUUUAUAUUAUUAGUUACAUCACAAAAGCAGAACAAGAAAUGGGACUGUUGUUGCAACGUGCACAAAAUGAAGCUAUGAAUGGAAAUCUUGAAGCAAGAUCAUCAUUAAAAAUGUUGGGAAGUGUAUAUCUACACAACAGAGAAGUUUCAGCACAAGAGGCAGUAUAUCGCCUAACAGGCAUGCACUUGAAAGAAUGCUCUCGCAAAGUCCAAUUUAUUCCAAUUGGAACUGAUCCUGUGAAGAUGAGUUUGCCUUUGCGUGUUCUCCAAAACAAAGAUGACCAUUCUGGUGAAGAGAAUUUUUGGAUGAAUAGUUUGGUUGACCGAUACAAGAGUAGACCAAAAACAGAACAUUUUGAGAUUCUGUGUCUGGGCAGUUUUUGUUCAGAAUACAGGAUAUUGUCAACAUCUGAGCUAUCUUCACAAAACAAAGAAAAUGUGAUCAAGCUUGACAACAAUUGUGGUUAUAUGAUAAGAAGAACUCGAACUGAACCUGCAGUAAUAAGGUAUCCAAGAUUUUCACCAACAAAAGAUCCUGAGAAGUACUAUCAUUCACUGCUACAACUUUUUUUACCACAUUAUGAAGAUUACCAGCUGAAGCCUGAGAAGUUCCACACUUAUGAGGAUUUCUACAACAAUGGUGCUGUGAAAUGUGGAAGUAAUGUGACUGAAGUAAAAUCUAUUGUUGAUUCUAAUCGAGCACUGUUUGAAAAGGACAGCGAUGAAAUAGACCGAGCUCAACAGGUUUUGGAGCUGGGUGUUGAUUUGGAAGAUGCUUGGGCUGCAUUGUGUCCUGAAACAGAGAAGGAGCGCCAUGAAUGUAUCGAGCUAAAGAAGAAUAACGUACUUCCUGAAGAAGAUGAUUCUGACACACUUAUUCCAGAUCUUGUAGCGAACCCUCGAACUGCAUUCACAAUUGAGAACAGUAAUGCUACAAUGUCUCGAGAUGAAGCAUUGGGUUUACUAAGAUCAUUAAAUGCUAAACAGUCUGCAAUAUUUUACAAAGUUCGCGACUGGUGUUUACAAAAACUGCAUGGAGAAAAUCCUGAACCGUUUCGCUUGUUUGUUACUGGUGGAGCAGGCACAGGAAAAAGCCAUUUAAUCAAAGCAAUAUGCUAUGAAUCUUCUAGACUCUUGUCUCAGCUGUCUGACAACCCUGAUGAGCGGAGUGUGAUUUUAUGUGCAUCAACUGGAGUAGCUGCAUACAACAUUGGCGCUGCUACCAUACACCACACUUUUUCAAUUGGUGCUAAUGUCAAACUGCCAUAUCAACCACUAAGUGAUGACAAAAUCAAUUCUCUGCGUUCCAAACUUGGAUGUUUGCAGAUUUUGAUUAUUGAUGAAGUAUCCAUGGUUGACCAUCACCUUUUGUCAUAUGUUCAUGGGAGAUUGAGACAAAUCAAACAAACUGGUGAUUACUCCCUCUUUGGAAAAGUAAGUCUUGUAGCUGUAGGAGAUUUUUAUCAGCUGCCGCCUGUCAAAGGAACUCCACUCUAUGCUGAUACAAAAGGAGUGAACCUUUGGGAAAACCACUUUGAAAUUGCUGAAUUAACUGAAGUUGUUCGGCAACAAGAUGUAACUUUUGCUGAAACCUUAAAUCGUCUGAGAGUUCGUAAAAAGAAUGAACCUCUGAGCUCAGGUGACAUCAACAUGUUGAAGCAACGUGAAACAGGAGAAGAAUGCGGUGCUGUUCAUAUAUUUCCUACAAAUAAAGAGGUUGAUGAAUACAAUAUUCAGAGACUAAAUGAGGUUUGUCCUGAGGCAAUCAGUAUUCGAGCUCAAGACUUUGAGAGAAAUCCAAAAACUGGAAGGAUUGAAAAAAAAGUUGGAUUUCAUUUAACCGUUUUCAACUCCUGUUUGGCUAAAUGUGUUUCCUUGGGUGUUGGAGCAAGAGUUAUGUUAAAGAAAAAUAUUAAUGUUUCGGAUGGACUUGUGAAUGGAGCCUUUGGUACAGUUGUCCAUAUUAGCAGAAGUCAAAAACAGGACGAUGAUUAUGAUGAUGACUUUCCAUCAGCCAUUCAUGUGGAAUUUGAUGAUCCAAAUGUGGGAAAAAUUCAGAGAUCAAACCAACAACAUAGAUUUUCCCAAAAUUCUACAGUAAUUGAAGUUCAAGAAGAUCAAGUCACAACCAACGGUGGAUUAAGGCGCCAAUUUCCACUUAGACUGGCAUGGGCAUGCACUGUUCACAAAGUCCAAGGGCUCACAGUAGAUAAAGCUGUCGUAUCCCUUGACAAGAUCUUUACUUCAGGACAAGCAUAUGUUGCAUUGAGUCGUGUGAGAACUCUCAAUGGACUAAUUAUUCAAAACUUCAAGGAGUCUGUAAUAUACUGUAAUGAUCAAAUUGACUUGGCAAUGAAAAAUAUACCAAAAUUUCCAUUAGAAAGUCACACUUUCUCAAAGACACCUGGUAUAUUUACAAUUGCUCUUCAGAAUGUGCAAAGUCUUCAAGCUCAUGUUCAAGAUAUUCAAGCUCACAGACAACUUAUGAAUGCAGAUUGUAUUUGUUUAACUGAAACAUGGCUACAAGUUGAAGACCAAGUACAAAUACCAGGAUUUAUUUUCAAGCAUAAUCCAAGAGCUAAGUGCUAUGACAACAGCACUCCCCUUUUUAGUAAUUUAAAACAACAGCGAGGAGGUGGGGUUGCUAUCUACUGUUGUGAAAACAUGUUUUUUAAAGUCAUCAUUCCAGAACCUUGCAAUUUGGAAUGUUUGUACUUCUCAGUUCCACAUAUCAGUUUGAAUGCUGCUCUGCUGUACAGGCCUAAUUCAUAUCAAAUUGAUGUGUUUCGACAAAAUCUGUUACAUGUCAUUACUGAGCUGGAAAAACAUCCAGGAAAGAAAGUAAUUAUGGGAGACUUCAAUGAGGACAUCUUAACAUCAUCUUCAAUUGGGACACUAAUGGAAGUCCAUGGAUACAGUCAACAUGUGCAAUGUCCUACAACUGAAAAGGGUACGUUAAUAGACCAUGUCUAUAUUAAAGAUGCAGAAAAUGUUACAAUUGAAAUUGUUUCAACUUACUAUAGUUACCAUGAAGCAAUACUAGUUUCAGUAAGGUAAUUGACAUUUCUGACACAUAAUGAAGACUGUAUAACUGCAUUUUUCUUUUCUGUGCCCCUACCCUGCUACAAUUAAUCUGAGAUUGAGGUCCAUGAAGGUCUGUUCAAGUUCACAAGUGAAAACGAUUCCAAGGUCUAUACAGUCCUGACCAUUCCAUACCAAGUUCUAUCCAUUGUUCAUCGGGCACAAACCAGCACCUCCCAUAAUUGCUCUUCUUUCUGGAGCUCCAAAGCU